ACCGAAGUUCAGGGGAAAAAGGGCACGGCGCCAUGCGACUCGUCCAGAUCUUCACUAUGCGGCCGUGCUACACAACUAUCCGGCAAUUAGGUGUAUGGAUAACGAAACCCGAAAGAAGGGUGGUUUAACAUGUGUGAUGAAAUUGUUUGACUGGAAAGCAGGGAGACUCCGUUUUUGCAUGCACUGUUUUGGACACUUCUAAAAGUGCACUGUUUAGCAGCGUGUGAGACGAGGUAACCGUCUUUGGUCAUGGAGAGGGACAGUGCUAAGAAAAGCGGGGAGGAUAUGGAUCGGCAGUAUUGUGAGCUUUGUGGUCAAAUGGAAAACCUCCUCAAAUGUGGAAGGUGUCGAAACUCUUUCUAUUGCAGCAAGGAACACCAAAUACAGGACUGGAAACGGCACAAGCGGAUGUGUAAUGAGGCCAAGAAACCUCUAUGUCAGCCCCGACCACCCGAUCCACAAUUGCCAAUUGGAAAUGUUAAGGCAGAGCGAGAGCAGUUGUCGAUAGAGAAGAGCACUGAGCAGAACAGUCUCUCACAGAACCCCGCGAACGCUGGACUUUCGGAGCUGUCUACUGACGGCGAACCAAUGAAAGAUUUUAUCACAUCAGAAGCUUGCUCCGGUACCUACAGCCGAGAACCAGAGGAAGAUAUUAACCACAAUAAGCCUAACGGACGAACUAAACCUUCUCCGCAAAAACUGGCAAUGGAAUACAUAGUGCCAUGUAUGAAUAAGCAUGGCAUAUGUGUUGUUGACAGUUUCCUGGGAGAAGAAACAGGACUAAGUGUAUUGAAGGACGUGAGAGCCCUUCAUAAGACUGGUAAAUUUACUGAUGGCCAGUUGGUCAGUCAAAGAAGCGACUCAUCUCAAGAUAUACGAGGUGACAAAAUAACUUGGAUUGAAGGAAGAGAGCCUGGUUGCGAGAAGAUAGCUUUCCUAUUGAAACGCAUGGACGAAUUGGUCGGACACUUCAAUGUUAAACUGGGAAACUACAAAAUACACGAAAGAACGAAAGCGAUGGUGGCGUGUUACCCUGGCAACGGGACUGGCUAUGUACGGCAUGUAGAUAACCCCAAUGGAGAUGGUAGAUGUGUGACAUGUAUAUAUUAUCUCAACAAGGACUGGGAUGCCAAGGAACAUGGAGGUCUCCUGAGGAUUUUCCCUGAGGGUAAGGCUCAACUUGCGGACAUCGAGCCCAAGUUUGACCGCCUCCUGUUCUUCUGGUCAGACAGAAGAAACCCCCACGAGGUGCAGCCAUCUUACGCCACCAGAUACGCCAUUACAGUGUGGUAUUUUGACGGUGAAGAACGAGCACGAGCCAAGGAGAAAUACCAAACAGGUGCUGGAGAAAAGGGAGUCCAGGUGGACCUAAACAAGUCUUCAGAUCUGAGCUGAUACAAUAAAGAGAAAACGAGUGUGGGUGGUGGGACACUGAUGGACCUUACUGCAUACAUCUGCUGAGUGGGACACACUCGGAAGGAUGAGAAGAAGAGACAGAGGAAGUGGAGAAAGGAAAUGAAAACUAGUUUGCUUUCUGAAACCUUCAUGUUCCACACACACAUAGUGACGUUUCUGGACAUUUUCGAGAUCUGUACCUAUCUCCCAAAAAUACAUUAAAGCGUAACAGCAGAUGUGCAAAAAAGAAGACUCAUGGCCCCGCCACCCCCGCACCAUCUAAUUUCACUCUCAACACGUAAAUAAAUGUUAAUGUGUGUGUUAUUUGUUGCUUAUUUAUUUAUAAGGGGCGGGUGGGGUGACCACCUAGUUUGCCUAUGCCUAGAAACACCUCUGCACGCACACACACAGAUCCAUAAUGACCCUGAAUGUUCCAUCAUUGUACAGCAGGGACUCAUUAUUGCCCAAGCUUCUCUAUGGUUUAUUUUUUGCUUUGUUACAUAAAGAAUAAUUGCAAAAUUGUGUGUAAUGGCAAAAAUAUAGGUAGUCCCCUUAAAGACAGUGAAAUUUGAGUAUUUUGAGUUAAGUAUCAAUACAGAGUACAAGGUGAUUUUCUUGAAUUAAAAGGUACAAAUGUCUUUAACUCAAACAGGUUUGACACACUUCAGACAAAUAAUAUGAUUAUGGAGGUUUUGUGGUGACUACUUGACAAAGUCACCACAUUAACCUGACUGACUUUCACAUCUGUACACUUUCUGUCUAAUGCUGGCACGUUAAAGUACAGUGCUGAUGCCUGGUAACGGAACACAGGGCCAAAUCAUACUGACCUGUAAUUGUGAUCCAUCUGUUUUUGCAGACAUAACCUCAACCUUCACUGUUGUAACUGUCACUGUUGUAACCGUUAUCGUUGUAAAAACCAAAAGCUGAUUCCAAGUACAGUACCAACUGUGAAGUGGGUUUUCUGUGUAAAGUAGCUUUUUAAUUAAAUCAGUCAGGUUUUAUAUGA